AUGGGGGCUUGCGGGUCGAAGAGCUCAGCCGGCAACAAGGACGGAAAGAGCGCCAAAGCGAGCGGCAAGGGCAACAAGGAUGGAAAGAGCGCCACAGACCGCAAGGUUGCGUGGGAGCGGAUUCGCCAGACGAUUCCGCGCGAGAAGACCGCCGAGGCGAAGCAGCGCCGCAUUGACCUCUUCAAGAAGUUCGACAAGAACGACACCGGCAAGCUGUCCUACGAUGAGGUGUACAACGGCUGCAUUGAGGUGCUGAAGUUGGACGAGUUCACCUCGCGAGUGCGCGACAUCACGAAGCGUGCGUUCAACAAGGCGAAGGACCUGGGCAGCAAGCUGGAGAACAAGGGUUCCGAGGACUUCGUUGAAUUCCUUGAGUUCCGCCUGAUGCUGUGCUACCUCUACGACUACUUCGAGCUGACGGUGAUGUUUGACGAGAUCGACACUUCCGGCAACAUGCUGAUUGACGAGAAGGAGUUCGAGAAGGCCGUGCCCAAGCUCGAGAA